AUGUACCACCUUUGGGUGGUGUGGGUAGGAGUGCUGUUGAUUUUUAUCAUGUUUGAAGUCUACCCGGCAGCAAUGAGUUUUUCUGCGUUUCCAGUUCUCAAACCAGUCGUGCCUCCGGUGGUCCAGAAUCAGCCUUUCAACAUUUUUUGGGCUGCCCCUACAAUGCAGUGUAAGCAUUUCUUCAAUGUGGAUUUACAUCUUCACUUGUUUAAUAUUAUAUCAAAUCCUGUAGAGACUCAAAGUGGAUCAAUAGUCGCCAUAUUUUAUCCUAAUCAGUUAGGAUAUUAUCCUUAUUUUUCUAGCGACAGAAUAUCCUUUAACGGAGGCAUACCACAGAAUAUGAGCCUCUCUCAGCACUUGAAGAAAACUGCGGCUGACAUUACAAAAGCAAUCCCUCAGUGGAGAUCAGAAGGACUUGUUAUCAUUGAUUGGGAAAGCUGGAAACCCCAGUGGGAUAGAAAUCGGGGCAAUAGAAUCACUUAUAAACAAGACUCCAUAGCCUUCACUCGAAGCCGCCACCCAGAAUGGCCAGAAAUGAAAGUGAAACAAAUUGCUCAACAGGAAUUUGAAACCGCUGGAAGAAAUUUUAUGAACAUUACUCUCACACUGGCUUUAGAAAUGAGACCCAAAUGUUUAUGGGGCUUUUAUCUCUAUCCGGACUGUUAUAAUUAUGAUUACAGGAUAAAUCCACAGAACUUCUCCGGUAACUGUCCAAGUGAUGAAAUGUCCCGCAAUGACCAGCUCGAGUGGCUCUGGGAAAAAAGCAGCGCACUUUAUUCCUCAAUAUAUUUGGAUAAAAUACUGAAGUCAAGUUUAAAUGCUUUGAGGUUUGUUCAUUAUCGAGUUAGAGAAGCCAUGAGAAUUGCUAAAAUGGCUCGACAGGACUAUGUUUUACCAGUUUUUAUUUUUUCCAGGCCGUUUUAUUUACAUAGUAUUGAAGCUUUGUCACAGGAAGACUUAGUGCACACAAUCGGUGAGAGCGCCUCUCUGGGGGCAGCAGGCGUAAUAUUGUGGGGAGGACAUGAGUAUUCUGCUUCAAAGGAGACCUGUUUAACUGUGCGACAAUCUAUCCUAGGGUCACUGGGCCACUAUGCCAUUAAUGUGACAUCAGCUGCCUGGCUGUGCAGUAAAAGUCUAUGUAACAAGAAAGGAAGGUGUGUUCGGAAAACGCCUGAAUCCUUCUCCUAUCUGCAUAUGCCUGAAAGCAGCAGGAAGAAAUAUGUCCAGAAUCAAAGCUUCAGAUACACCAUUUCACAAGAAAAAAAGGCAAAGACAGUAAAAUACAUGAAAAGUGAAUUUGUGUGCCACUGCUAUUUUGGCUGGCAAGGAGAGUCUUGCCAGCAACACUCUUCUGACAGGUUGGGAGGGAAGAACAAGUCUUCUCCUACUAACUUUAAUCUACUAGUGUUUCUCAGCAUGACUUUAUGUGUGACUAUGCUGAAUUUGUUCUUAUUACCUACUACAAUAUCAAUUUUUCCUCAAAAUAUUUAA